CGUUUCAAACAAACGAAGUUUCUUCCCUCUUUCUUUCAACUCCUCAACGACUUCAACUCUCUUUCAACUCCAAAGUUGAAUUAGAAUAGAUCCAGUUCAUCAAUGGCGGAAGCAUUAAUCCUCGGAGCACUGGUAGGAGACGCUGUCUCCAAAUUAUCAGAUGCAAUCAUACACGUUAUGAAAACAACCUCUCAGUUCAAAUCGAAGCUAACUCAAUUACAAGAAACCGUAACGAGAAUCAAAUCGAUCGUAGACGAGAUCCAGAAACAUAACCAAGUAUUAGACCGACCGAAUCAGGAAACCGAAUUGUUUAUCGCUCAGCUAAAAAGCGCACAAGACUUAGUUCUCAAAUGCGAGCAUAUCAAAUGGAAUUUCUACAAGAGAUACCGUCAGUCGUUGAAACUGGACGAUUUGAAUGCAUCGAUGUUGAGAUUUUUUCAGAUUGAUGUUCAGUUGCAGGAGGCUAGGGAUGUAAAGGAAGUGUUGGUGGUGGUGAAGGAUGUGCAGAACAGAAUGGAUCGGAGCUCGGGCGGUUGGGCGUCCAGUGUUCCGUUGCUUAAGGGAAAUGUUAUAGGGUUUGAUGAUCGAGUUAGGGAUUUGAAGGUGGAGGUGUUUAAGGAUUGGGAUGUUGAUGAUUCCGUGGUUGUUGUUGUUUCGGCUGCUGGAGGUUGUGGGAAGACUACUUUGGUUACAAAGUUCUGCGAUGAUCCUCAAGUUCAAGGAAAAUUUCGUAAACACAUUUACUUUGCUACUAUCUCAAAUACCCCAAACUUAAAGGUCGUCGUUAGGAAUUUACUUCAGAAGAACCAGGGUGGUCAGCAGCCCGAUUUUACAAGCGAUGAAGAUGCAAUUCAGCAAUGGGGGAGCUUUUUGGGUGAACAUAAAUCUGAAGUGCUGUUAGUAUUGGAUGAUGUGUGGGAUGCUUCCAUUGUUAUGGCCUUUAAAUUCAAGUCACCUGGAUACAAGAUUCUUGUCACAUCUAGGAGCACAUUUACACAGUUCCGUACAUAUGAAUUGCAUCUUCUGAAUCAUCAAGAUGCCACCAAUCUGUUUCGUUACUCAGCAUUUUCAGAAGGUAGAAAUGAAUGUAAUAUACCAGAUGACCUGGUUCACAAGUUGGUGAAAUGUUGCAAGAGGCAUCCGCUGGCGCUUAGUGUGAUUGGUGGUUUGCUAAAAGGUACACACAUGGCAAAGUGGCAGUUUAUGUUAAACAAGUUGUCGGAAGGGUUUGGACAAAAGUCUGUUCUUGAUUUGGAUGAGGAUAUGCGACUUCGCCUAGCAACAAGUUUGGAUGUGUUCAAGGAAGGAUCUGAAAUCAAGGAAUGUUACUUGGAUUUGGGAUUAUUUCCCGAAGAUCAGAAGAUCGCGGCCACAACACUCAUGGAUAUCUGGAUCAGUUUAUAUAAGCAUGACGAAAAGGGAUCCGCUACCCUAAACAACCUCUUUGAGCUAUCUUCCAAAAACCUUGCUACUUUGUUGCCAAUAAGGAAAGACUCACUCGCGAUUGCUAACUAUUGCGAUGAAAAUGCUGUCAUGCAACAUGAUAUGAUGAGGAUGCUUGCUAUUAACAUAAGCAGCCAAGAGCCUUUAGAACAUAGAAAGAGGUUGAUUAUAAAUGCAAAUGAUCAAAACAUUCGUGAAUUGCCCCAAACCAUCAAUGCACGUCUGUUUUCCAUUUCCACAGAUGAAGCAUUCUCUUUCAAAUGGAAUGACAUUCGAGCCCCUAAAGUGGAAGUUUUAGUAUUGAACUUCAUGUCAAAGAUAUACUCAUUUCCUCAGUUUAUGCAAAACAUGGAGAGUUUAACGGUUCUAGUUGUCACAAACUACGGGUAUUACUUCUCAGACCUUCACAACUUCCCUGCACCACAAUAUUUAUCGAGCCUCACCAGCAUUAGGUUGGAACAUGUUUCAAUAUCUUCGAUAAGUGCAUCAAUCCUAGGCUUAGUGAACUUGCAGAGACUGUCCUUGAUCAUGUGCAAAGUAGGCAAUGCUUUCGAUGAAACCAACCUUAAAAUCCCCAACAAGUUUCCAAGUCUUUUGGAGCUUGAUAUCGACUCGUGUGAUGACUUUGUUACAUUUCCUACAAUGUUAUGCAAUCUCGUUCGCCUUAAGAAAUUGAGCAUCACCAACUGCCACGAGCUGAGUUCACUGUCAGAAGGGUUUGGAAACCUAACAAAUUUGGAAGUUUUACGUCUUGUGUCGUGCUCAAACCUCAAAUCGUUGCCUGAAACGAUGAGUAACCUUCAGAAACUAAGUGUCGUUGAUCUGUCCCAUUGUUUACAUGUGUGCAAUCUGCCAACACAUAUAGAUGAGUUGGGUAGUCUAAGAACAAUUCAUACGAGAGGUUGUACAGGGCUGCAUGAGUUACCUGUAUCGGUUAAGGAUUUAUGUCCGCUGGAAGUUAUUUGCGACGAAGAAACCUCUUUGCUAUGGAGUCAUCUCAAGGGUGUUAAAGUACAAGUGAUUGAAGAAGAUAGAUUCAGUACCUUUUUGAAGAUCGUCCCCAGAGAGAUGCAUUAUAAUUAACAUAAUCAUGUUUUUGUUUAAAUAUGUAUCAACUCAGCUUUUAAAUUUUGUUUGAGUUUUAUCCUUGAGUGAUAUUUAUUUGAUUAGGCUGGCACCUUCAUAAUCACCCUCGCAUCCUUUUAAUAUGACUAUUUACCAUGUUAAAGAAAUUUAUGACUUCAA